GUCUUCUUCUCUUGACUUGGUUUAUUCAGUCGUCCCUUUCAUUUCCCCCCCGCAAUGGAAACAGCUCAUCCAGCAUCAUCAGGAGCUGCUCUUUGAUCUGGAGCUGGCGUGUGCGCAUGCGCAGCUCAUUGCCUUCGCUGCACUGGCUUCAGUAAGUUGGAUGCGCGCUGUCUUCAUCAUCACAUCCGAAACUGUUGCGAUGGAGAGUAUCGGAAAAACCCCACACAUCUUCCUAUUAUGUCCGCUGAUCGUGGCCGUGGCGUGCGCGCAAAGUAUCAGAGACCCGAGCAAUAUGCCGGUGGUCAAAGACACCGUGGACAGACUCAUGAAAGGAUACGACAUUCGGCUGAGGCCAGAUUUCGGAGGCGCUCCGGUGGCGGUAGGGAUGAAUAUAGACAUAGCCAGCAUAGACAUGGUAUCCGAAGUAAACAUGGACUACACCCUGACCAUGUAUUUCCAGCAGGCUUGGCGAGACAAGCGCUUGUCGUACACAGAGAUCCCUCUGAAUCUAACCUUGGAUAACCGCGUGGCUGACCAGCUGUGGGUGCCCGAUACCUACUUCCUCAACGAUAAGAAAUCCUUCGUUCACGGAGUGACAGUCAAGAACCGAAUGAUACGCCUGCAUCCCGACGGCACCGUGCUCUACGGAUUAAGGAUCACCACCACCGCGGCCUGUAUGAUGGACCUGCGGCGAUACCCGCUGGAUGAGCAGAACUGCACGCUGGAGAUCGAGAGCUAUGGCUACACCACAGAUGAUAUCGAGUUUUACUGGCGAGGGGGAGAUGGAGCCGUCACAGGGGUGGAGAGGAUCGAGCUGCCUCAGUUCUCCAUCGUGGACUACAAACUCAUCUCCAAGAACGUGGUUUUCUCCACAGGCUCUUAUCCUCGUCUGUCUCUGAGUUUCAAACUCAAGAGGAACAUCGGUUACUUUAUCCUGCAGACCUACAUGCCCUCAAUCCUGAUCACCAUCCUGUCCUGGGUAUCCUUCUGGAUCAACUACGAUGCUUCUGCUGCACGCGUGGCUUUAGGUAUCACCACCGUGCUGACCAUGACCACCAUUAAUACUCACUUGCGAGAGACCCUUCCCAAGAUUCCCUAUGUGAAAGCCAUAGACAUGUACCUGAUGGGCUGCUUUGUCUUUGUGUUCCUGGCGCUGCUGGAGUACGCCUUCGUCAAUUACAUCUUCUUCGGGAGAGGCCCUCAGCGGCAGAAGAAAGCGGCGGAAAAAGCCGCCACGGCCAACAAUGAGAAACUCAGGCCCGACCCCAACAAGUGGUUGGUGGGAAGUGUAGUUCAGAGAGACGAUGCUCUCUAUGCCAGAAUGAAACAGAGGGAAAUUGACGGGUAUGACUCGAUGUGGGAUCCGAUCUUUGCGGAGGAUGCAGCAUUAGGACUAGGCGAUCAAAGACUUAAGAUGACCCCCGAUGAUAUCCGGCUGACCACGGUUGAGAUGAAGAACGAAAUGGGUCCGUCUGAUCUUUCCCGGGGUCUGGGUGACCCGCGUAGCACCAUGCUUGCCUACGACAGCUCCACCCUUCAGUACCGUCGAGCGGCCAUGGCUCGGCAAAACUACGGCCACAGUGCGCUGGAGCGCCACGCCACCCAGAAGAAAAGCCGGCUGAGGAGACGGGCUUCCCAACUCAAGGUUAACAUCCCGGACCUGUCCGACGUCAACUCCAUCGACAAGUGGUCGAGGAUGAUCUUCCCCACCGUGUUUUCCUUCUUCAACAUAGUUUACUGGCUUUACUACGUGCAUUAAAAGCAUCCGCAGAGCAGAACGGACCAAAAGAGAAAACAAAGAAGAGUAAAAAAAGAGAAUAAAACAAUACACCUUUUGCUGAUUUAUUUCAAAUAUAUAGCGGAAAGACUGAGGAAAGAUGGUCAAAGUAAAAAAAAAAUAAAAAAUCAGGAUUUUGUUUUUUCGUUCUAAAGACACAACCAGAGGAAAAAACACGCAGUACAGGGCUUGUUCCAGAGUUUCAAUAUACCACUUAUAUUUGUCAUAUGUAGAUUACUCUGUGGAUCAAAUAUUUAUGCUUGUCUUUGCAUAUAUUUUAAAGGAUUUGUUUUUUGGGUUAGUAUAUGUUUACUUCGUAGCCAACUGCAUCCGAGAAAGCUUUACAGAAGGAGUCGGUCGUGAAAGUCUAUUUUCCUAGAGUUACGCUGUGUAUCAGAUAUCUUUUAAAAGCAUGCUUUGGUUUGUUUUCUUUGUCUCUUGCAGAGAGCUGGAGCACAAUGCAUUUUCAGUUGACACUUUAAAGAUUCUUCUGUUCUUUCAAAUGAGUUUGCAGGAUGCAAUGCAAAGACUCUGUCAGGAAGCCAUACAGGGUAUUUUCACAACAGGUCCUUUUACUAUUGCUUUUUUUUUUAUGUUGGGCCAACAAGGAAACUCAGCCCUAUUAAAACAUAGGUUUUAUCUGAUGCAGGGGAUAUAUGAACAUGCUGGGCCACGACGAAGGACCUAUAUGUGAUCCCAUGGACAAGGACGGACUGACAUGGACCAUUACCCCGGUGGUUGGACUGUGUCAACAGUACCUAGGCCGUGUAAAUGCUAGACAGUCCUAAUCUCUACACUGUAUAAACUUUGUGUGGUAAGCCGCAGGCUGUUUAACAUCUCGAGUGUUUCGAGAUUGGAUGAGGCGAGUGAACCUCAACAAAGAAAGACGCAAUAUAUUUGUAAACCAUCAACACUAUCGAUAGAUAUAAGUUGAAAACUAGUAGCUGAUAUUACAUCAUGGUAAAAAAAAAAAAAAUCUGAUUCAAUAGUUGUAAUAUCAGAUGUUACUGUUAUGGUUCAUUAUUUAAACAUAUUUUUUGGUGUAUUAGAUUUCUUAAUGUCGAAGACUUUGGUUGAUGAAAACAAUCUUGCUUCUUAAAAAUUGGGCGAGGGAUCUGAAUCUUUUUCAAAGGCCUCAAAGCGCACCAGUUGAGUUUAAGCAAGAAACCGAUCAUUGCAACUCUGAAAUGUAUGGUUCUGUAACCAUCACUUCAGUUCACUAACAAUAUGUGAAGGAUCUGGAUCAUACAAUCAAAGCAUCUGUCAGGCAAUUUUGUAUAAAAUCCUGUAAAUUCUAAUGAUAUUUAAUAAUGACCUGUAAAUAUAUAUAUAUAUAUAUAUUGUGUAAUGUCAACAAUAAUGAAAAUGUAUCUAAAUUAAAUUAUUAAAGCUUAAUGAAGCUUAUAUCUCUUAAACUGUUACCUUACAGAAUUUUCCUUGCAGUUUUACGGUGGCUACAGUCGGAAAGGUUUGAGUCAGACUAGUUUACUCAGGGCCGUAACCAUAAACAUGAGAGGGACAAGUCGAUAUCAAUAAUUAGAAAUUGCCAAAUUGUCCCCUUAAUAUUGCACUCUGUUUGUUAUUAUGAUGACUAAGGUUUAAAAGUUAAAUUUUUAGCCUGGUCUAACGGCGCUCGUUACUGUCAAAAUGAUAGAGAUCGCCGUUCAAAUCGAAGUAGGCAGGAUUUAUUGUUCAGAGAAGCAGAGCGCGAAUUCCAGAGCGUGUUGCCAAGUCCACGAGCUACUUUUAUAUUGUUGUCUCGUCGUUUUUUGUGCGAGGUUUGAAGCGAAUCAUCUCCAGUGUUGGGAGUAACUCAUUACAAGUAAUGCGAGUUACGUAAUC